UCACAAAGCGCGCGCGACGUCAUCGACACGCACUAAAAAAUCGGGUCCCCCGCCACUUUUCAAGUUCAUUCAUAAAAUGUCAAGAGCGAAUUUCAAGUGUUGCGGGUAAUUAAUAAACCGCACGAGGAGAUAACGCGAUGUUGUCAUCAUAAGGCGUCCUCGGUCAGGGCGAAAUGUGCGACUUUGAGCUGGUGACCAGGGAGGAGUGGGGCGCGCGACCUCCGACCGACGUCCAGACCAUGCAGGAUCCGGUGCCCUACGUGAUCAUCCACCACACCUACCAGCCGCCGGCUUGCUCGUCGAGCGAGGACUGCAUUAAGGCGAUGCGAUGGAUGCAGGACUUCCACCAGAUCGAUCGCAAGUGGAACGACAUCGGCUACAACUUCGUGAUCGGGGGCGACGGCAAGGCAUACACCGGUCGAGGCUGGUCGGUCGUCGGAGCACACUCGCCCAGCUACAACAACCAAAGCAUCGGCAUCUCCCUAAUCGGCGACUGGAGAGUCGAGCUGCCACCCCCGAAACAGAUCGAGACCGCGCGUAAAGUGAUCGAUUGCGGCGUGCAAACGGGAAAGAUACGACCCGACUACAAGCUGUUCGGGCACCAGCAGGUGCGGCAGGGAACCGAGUGCCCCGGCCAACGGUUGCUCGACGAAAUUUCGACGUGGGAUCAUUUCUCGAAGACGCCCCCGUUCGUGUGGGUGCCCAACGAGAUACCGACAUAAUUAGGCAAUUUUUUUGUAACGUUAGCAAAUACAUUUACUUUUAUUUCGUG